AUGGAAAAUCAAAUAAAUAGUGAAAAUGCAAAACUUAUUGCCUUAUAAUUAGGUUUAUUGAGUGCUGAGUUGUAAGACAGAAAUAUGCUUUGGUUUUUAAAUUCUAUUACUUAAUUAUAUUUGAAUGAAAACCAAUUAUAUGUUUCUUUAAUCGAAUAUGACUUUGGCUAAUCAAAGGAGGGACAAUCCCAACUCUAAAUAUUAUAAAGAUUUUUUGAGAAAUAUUUUUGUGAUAAAAUUCCAGGAUUGUCUGAUGUAAUACAUUAAAGUCAAACCUUUGAUACUAUUAUAGAUUUUCUCUUAAAAAUUAAUGGUAACUUUGAUAGAACUGAUAAAUUAAAUAUUCCAUAUCAAAAUUUAUUGGGAUUUCUUUUUAAAGUUAAUGCGUUUAGCACCAUAUAUGAUUAAAAUAAAUCUGUGGUAAAAUCAUUUGCAAAACCUAAAAGCUUUCUUUAGGCAAAUGAAACAAGUGAUAUUGAAUUAGUUUACAAAACUUAGAGGCUAGACUCAAGUGAUGAUUAAACAGUAAGAAGAGAGAUAGAAAUUUCUUAAGAAAUAUAAAACUCUUCUUUUCUCAUAAAGAUAUUUGCCUACUUGAAAAUUAAAAAGUAAACUUUCAUUUUCAUGAGAAAAUAUCAAGGGACUCUAGCAAAAAGAUUGGAGACAUUAAACAAUUUAACUCUUCAAGAAAGAAAAAAAACUGUCAUUAAACUAUCUUUUAGAUUUAUAAAAGCUAUAAAGGCUAUGUAGGAUUUGAAGAUUAUUCAUAGGGAUUUAAAACCGGAGAAUUUAUUCUUAGAUAAUCUAGAUUUAUAACUUUCUAAUAUCAUAAUCGGCGAUUUUGAUUGUUCUAAAAAGCUCCAAGAUCGUGAUUGUGAUAGAGAUAUGAGCAUAAACCAUUAGAGCAAUACUUAUAAGUACGAUGCUCCUGAAAUAAAAUAUUCUUUUGAAUAUGAUAUUUUCUAAUAUGCAUUGAUCGUGUUAACUAUUGCAAAUAAUAAUAAAUAUAUUGGAAAGGAAAUUGUGGGUUGCAGAAAUUUGAAUGAAUAAGACCACGAAGAAUACUAUAGUAAAGAGUCUUUACUUAAAAAUUCGAAUCUUUCAUAAUACCCCUCAGAUUUUAUCGAUAUGAUUAGUAAGUGUUUAAAAAGAGAUCCUCAAUAAAGGCCAACAAAUAAAGAUAUCUACGAAUAUACCUCAUCUUUAUAUUACUUAGGAACGAUAAAAGUGGAAAAUACUGUAUAAUAAAUCAGUGAAGUUUAGACAAGACAAAAUUAGAAUUAUCAACCAUUACUAUCAGAAAAUCUAACGUAAUAGUAAUAGUAAUAAUAAUAGUAAUAGCAAUAAUCAUAAUUGUAAUAAUAAUAGUAAUAAUAAUAACAGUAGUAAUAAUAAUAAUAAUAAUAAUAAUAAUAAUAAUAAUAAUAAUAAUAAUAACAGUAGUAAUAAUAAUAAUAAUAAUAACAGUAGUAAUAAUAAUAAUAACAGUAGUAAUAAUAAAUAAUAAUAAUAAAUAAUAAUAAUAAUAAUAAUAACGAGUAGGGGAGUUAAUAAUAAUAAUAAUAGUAAUAAUAAUACUAAUAGUAGUAAUAAUAAUAAUAAUAAUAAUAAUAAUAAUAAUAAUAGUAGUAAUAAGAAUAAUAAUAAUAGCAAUAAUCAUAAUAGUAAUAAUAGUAAUAGUAAUAAUUAUAAUAAUAAUAACCAUAAUAGUAAUAGUAAUAGUAAUAAUAAUAGUAAUAACAUAAGAGAAAACAAGAAAAAUAGAAUAAAAAUAUAUGA